ACUUCUUAAACUAAAGCAGAGCGAGCGCGUCUUCCGUCUGCCUCCGGUGUAGAAGUUUUAAAGUGUUGACGAGACAGACGUCACAGCCUCUCCUGCAGCAGCAGCACCACCACCAGCCUCCUCGAGGUGGCGCUGUUGCCACCACGACUCGUCGUCUGCUGGUUGUAGGCCACCAAAAAGUAGAGAACCGUGACGUUGCAGAAAGGGGGCAGUCCGUGGUCAGAAGUCUGCGCUCCCAUUCAUGCGGAGUGUCUAAACGCCAGCAGUCCGCGCCGACAUCCUCGUCAAAACACCAAACUCUGCUCGCUCCGGCUGACAGAAAGCGUCGUGACCCUGCACAGUCGCAGCCACCAUGGCAGAAGCUCACCAGGCGGUGGCCUUUCAGUUCACUGUCACCCCUGAUGGCAUCGACCUCCAGUUGUGCCACGAGGCUCUACGCCAGAUCUACCUUUCCGGCCUUCACUCCUGGAAGAAAAGGUUCAUUCGCUUUAAGAAUGGGGUAAUGACUGGUGUGUACCCGGGCAGCCCGGCCGGCUUCAUGGUAGUGGUGGUGUCCUACAUGUCAUACAAUAAAUAUAGAGAGCUGGAUCCAUCUCUUGGGCUGAUUGCCAAGCUGGGACAACACAUACCCAUCAGUCGAUACAUGUCCACAGACAGCCAGAAGAUUGUUGGAGGAGUUCUGGUGGGCACAGGCCUGUGGGUCACCAUUAUCAUGAUCAUGAGGAAUGUCCUGAAGUCGCUGCUGUCGUGGCACGGCUGGAUGCAUGCACGCCACGGCUCCGUGUCGUGGUCGACUCGUGUGUGGAUGUUGCUAGUGAAGGUGUUCUCUGGCAGGAAGCCAAUGCUCUACAGUUUCCAGAACUCCCUGCCUCGACUACCUGUUCCCUCUGUCAAGGACACCUGCAGAAGGUACCUGGAGUCGGUGCGCCCACUGAUGGACGACGAGCAGUUUGAAAGGAUGAAGGGCUUGGCUAAAGACUUUGAAAAGAAUCUGGGACCAAGGCUGCAGUGGUACCUCAAACUCAAGUCCUGGUGGGCAUCCAACUAUGUCAGCGACUGGUGGGAAGAGUAUAUCUACCUGAGAGGCCGUGGACCCAUCAUGGUCAACAGCAACUACUAUGCCAUGGAUUUCCUGUACGUGUUCCCUACCUCCAUCCAGGCUGCCAGGGCAGGUAAUGCCAUCCAUGCUAUCAUGGUCUACAGGAGGAAACUGGACAGAGCUCAGAUCAAACCAAUUUACUUGCUGGCGAACAAGGUUCCUCUGUGUUCGGCUCAGUGGGAGCGAAUGUUUAACACCUCACGUGUCCCUGGUGUGGAGACAGACACCCUUCAGCACAUGAACGAGAGCAAACACAUAGCCGUGUACCACAAGGGCCGCUACUACAAGGUGUGGAUGUUCUACGAUGGCCGGCUGCUGUUGCCACGGGAGAUAGAGCAGCAGAUGGAGAGGAUUUUGGCCGACACGUCGGAGCCCUCGCCGGGAGAGGAGAAGCUCGCCGCGCUUACUGCAGGGGAAAGGACCCCUUGGGCAAAGGCCCGUGAGACGUACUUCUGCCGUGGCAAGAACAAGCUCUCUCUGGAUGCCAUCGAGAAGGCAGCCUUCGUCGUAACCCUCGAUGACACCGAGCAGCGCUACGACGAAGCCAACCAAGUCAAGUCUCUGGACAGUUACGCCAAGUCCCUCCUCCAUGGGAAAUGCUACGACAGGUGGUUUGAUAAGUCCUUCAAUCUGAUCGUGUUCAAAAAUGGCACCAUGGGACUGAAUGCGGAGCAUUCCUGGGCAGAUGCCCCAAUUGUUGGCCAUCUGUGGGAGCACGUUCUCUCCAUGGACCCUCUGAAGCUGGGAUAUAAUGACGACGGUCACUGCCGUGGAGCCCCUCAUCCCAACCUGCCUGGUCCUCAGAGGCUGCAGUGGGAGAUCCCUGCUGAGUGCCAGGAGGUCAUCGAGGCCUCUCUGACAGUGGCCAGGACUUUGGCAGAUGACGUGGACAGUCACAUUUUCCCCUUCAGCGACUUUGGAAAGGGGCUGAUUAAGAAGUGCCGCACCAGUCCUGAUGCCUUCAUCCAGAUCGCCCUGCAGCUGGCCCAUUACAGAGACAAAGGAAAGUUCUGCCUGACCUACGAAGCCUCCAUGACCCGCUUGUUCCGUGAGGGUCGAACAGAAACCGUGCGCUCCUGCACCAUCGAGACUUGUGCCUUCGUUCGCGCCAUGAUCAGAGAUGAAACCAGAGAGGAGCGUCUCAAGCUGCUCAAACAGGCGGCAGAGAAACACCAAAACAUGUAUCGCUUGGCAAUGACCGGAGACGGCAUCGACCGCCACCUCUUCUGCCUCUACGUGGUGUCCAAAUAUCUGGGAGAGGACUCAGCCUUCCUGAAGGAGGUCCUGUCUGAGCCGUGGAGGCUGUCCACCAGCCAGACUCCUCUGCAGCAGGUCGAGCUGUUCGACCUGGUCAGACACCCAGAAUACGUGUCCUCCGGAGGUGGAUUCGGUCCAGUGGCUGAUGAUGGUUAUGGUGUCUCCUACAUCAUCGUUGGGGAGAACCUCAUCAACUUCCACAUCUCCAGCAAACACUCAAGUCCAGAAACUGACUCCCAUCGUUUUGGCGGCAACAUCAGACAGUCCAUGUUGGACAUUCUGGAUCUCUUCCAGCUCGACAAGAAAGACAAGUGAUGGUCCUGCUUAUUGGUGGAUAAACAUAAGAAACUGUUUUAGUAAAGCAUAUAUUCUUCCUGAAGCUUGUACAGAAUCAACCGUUGGAUUUUGGGGUUUUAUUUUUAAGUUAAUUGAUGUUACAGAAAUAAGAAUGAUUGAAAGGUGUUUGGAAACAUUGCUGUCGAUACGUUUGUCAGGCGCUUACGUGUACUGUAUGUUUAGGCAAGGCGAGAGUCCGGUGGUGUUGGUUACAGGUAGUGCACAGAUCAAAGUUUUUAUUCACAGGACUGUAUGCAUCGGUGCCUUAGUGACCCACUAAUGUAAAAAAAACAAAAACAACACAAAAAAAAAAAGGGCAGAAAGGGAGGAAAGGGUUUGGGAUCAAGUGUGUGUCAGCACAGUGGAAGACAUUUCAGCUGAAGGUUUGUUCAGUAGCAUCAUCUGAUAUUUGAAUCAUGUUUUAAGUUGUGAGAUGGUGCAAUAUUUUUACUUUGUUAGGUUCUGUCCUCAUCCUUUAUCGCCUCCGACCGCAGCUCCAGAGUCACAUGUAACUGAGCAAAGCAGCAAACUUGAUGUUAAAUAUUAUCGACGAAUUGCAUGUUGCAGAGUGUCCGUUGAUUUCACAUGGAUUCUGUCGGCUGCCGAGCUGCAUCCCGUAAAACUUACACUUGAAGACAGUUUGUGUGUAACAACCAAGAAUGAUAAAUAUCCAGCUUCGAUUUGAAAGGCGACCCUGCGUCGGGGAGUCGUUUGCUACUGUCCAAUCAAAGGAUCUCCAUUGCCUUUCUGAUUCAAGUGCACAGCCGGCGUCGUGUUUGUUCAAUUUUUAGCUGCUAUGAUUUUACGAUGUAGCGACGAAGGCAGAUGACAGAUGUGUGUGUGCCUGUGUGUGUGUGUGUGUGUGUGUCGUUUUCAUACUCAGGUUUUCGCUAACUUGGCCUGGUAUCGUAGGGUGCUGGCUGCAGCAUUGAAAAAAUUAGCGCUUAUGCUGGCAUGUACAUGUGCAACAGUAGACGAAGUUGAAAUGCAGUAACAAUGCCAUGUGACCCCAAUGAGCUGGUGGGUUGUUAGCAUGACGUUUGCCGUGGACGUGACGACUGGCUGGACGGGGUGUGUGUCUGGGGUAGUAGUGUGUUUUCUGUUUGUUGAAUUAAAAAAAUAAUAAUACAAAAAAAAUAAAUAUAGCUACGUAAGCGCUGUUGUGCACUCCAUGACUGGCCCUAUAGUUCAAACUAACGUGUUCAUAACUACCUUGGUAGCCUUUGUGUCACAUCGAGAUGAAUUGUAAACAUUUGUGAGCAGCCUGUCGGGUUGCCGGUCACAGCGAAGUGGUGUUGCAGCUGUCGUUGCCUAGUCAAGAUGAGGUGCCGUAUCGUGGGUUGUUGGUCUCACCAGUACAGUACGAAAAAAAAAUAAAGAAAUCAUUGUUUCUCUUGUAGGUAAGAAGGGCGGUUAUCGAGUGGUGGUCAUGCGUAGGAAUGCUUUUUUUUUUUAAUGUAUAUGUUGUCAUCAUAUUUAUUUUUUCUCUGGAUUUUAACCGAUUUAUUCACACACAGCGUUGCAUAUUUACCGGCUGAAUGUGGUUGAAUAAUACGCACUACGUUAAAGCUUUGCUAAUUUAAAACGGACAAAAGAUGCUUCCUUCUUCUCUCUUCUUCUUUCUUUUUUUUUUUUUGUUUCCUUUGGACUUGACAGUUUUGUUUUCACAGACUUCUCUGCCAGUACGUUGUAGUUGUAUGACUUUUUAUCUCGGUAGACCUCAUGUUUACACUGCUGCAUGUUGUUUUAUUUGUUUUUGAAGAUGAAGCUGUAUAUGUUUGCCUUUAAUUUAAAGAUGUGUAAAAAAAACAAACAAAAAAAAGACAAGCAGCUGAUAUACCAAACCAAGUUUUAACAAUAAAGUGAAUGUCAUACAGCUGCGUCA